CUGGAGUCAGAGCGCGCUGCGGGGCAUUACUGCACCGCCACGGAGGAAGCACCAUCACUGAACCAGGAAUAGGGGAAAAGGAAAAAGUCGUGAAAUAGCGCAGAGGGGGAUAACAGGGCGUCCCCUCUUUGAAAACCACCCGAAUCUGUGGAAACAAAAAUUAAAAGGAGCCAGACACUUGAUAAUAAAUACACGAACGAAGCGGAAAUCUCAAGCGACGUUUUUGGCCAGCACGGCGGGGAAAAAAUGAAGGAUCGUACGCAGGAACUACGAAGUGCUAAGGACAGUGACGAUGAUGAGGAAGUCGUUCAUGUCGACCGAGACCACUUUAUGGAUGAAUUUUUUGAACAGGUAGAGGAGAUCCGUGGCUGUAUUGAAAAGCUGUCAGAGGAUGUAGAACAGGUCAAGAAGCAGCACAGUGCCAUUCUAGCAGCACCCAACCCUGAUGAAAAGACCAAGCAGGAGUUGGAGGACCUCACAGCUGACAUUAAGAAGACAGCCAAUAAAGUGCGCUCUAAAUUAAAAGCAAUCGAACAAAGUAUCGAGCAGGAGGAGGGCUUGAACAGAUCGUCUGCAGAUUUGCGAAUCCGCAAGACGCAGCAUUCCACACUGUCACGCAAGUUUGUGGAAGUGAUGACAGAGUACAACACCACGCAGUCCAAAUACAGGGACCGCUGCAAGGAUCGCAUUCAGAGACAACUGGAAAUUACUGGCAGAACAACUACCAAUGAGGAACUGGAAGACAUGUUGGAGAGUGGGAAGCUUGCCAUCUUCACUGACGAUAUCAAAAUGGACUCCCAGAUGACCAAGCAAGCUCUAAACGAGAUUGAAACUCGACACACCGAGAUCAUUAAACUGGAGAACAGCAUCCGUGAGCUGCACGACAUGUUCGUGGACAUGGCCAUGCUGGUGGAGAGCCAGGGAGAGAUGAUUGACAGAAUUGAAUAUAACGUGGAACACUCUGUGGACUAUGUAGAGAGAGCAGUUUCUGACACCAAGAAGGCUGUCAAAUACCAGAGUCAGGCACGCAAGAAGAAGAUCAUGAUCAUCAUUUGCUGUGUAAUUUUGGGAGUGGUUUUGGCGUCCACUAUCGGAGGAACCCUGGGCUUCUAAUCGACCUGAAGACAGACGAACACUUGAAAAGAGUGUUUUAUCCACUUAAAACAUGAGAUAAGGAAACUGUCUUAAAACGGGGGUUGGAUAUGGUUAAAAAUCUAAUAUUCAAAACAAACAAAAAAUAAAUAACAAAGGAGAUGUUACAUACUAACAGAUUUAAAUAUAUUCAAAAGUGGGUUCAAAUAAACAUAUUUACAAACUGUACAUGUAUAUGUAUUGAACAUAAAAGCAGCACAUGGGUUACUACCUGUAAAGGAAUACAAAUCAACUUUUGUUAUUUUCUUUUAUUUUUUUAGCUGUGCUUUCAUUUGGGGGGUGGGGGGGGGCCGCGACUGCUAAAUUGUUUUAUGUUCCGGCAGAACAUGGUGUUUGGCAAACCAUUAUAGCAUUAAGAAACAUACCUAGAUAUUUAUACAUUGUAGAAUUAGUCAGAUUUCAAUGGCCUAAAGUGGUUGCUUACAUUCAAAUGAAAUCUCUCUCUAUUACGUUGUUAGCCGAUUUAUUACCGAUCAUUAACAUCCAGUGACAUCGGAGUGUUACAGUGAGUGUAACAGCACUAUUAACCUCAUAGCUGAAUUUCUGUCUUAAUAGUUUUUGUGGGCAACCUUAAACAAGCAAAGAAAAAAGAACUAGGAUCUAAGAAGCACAUAAAUAAAUUAUUGAAAGUCAUGACAUCAACAAGUUUGUACAUAAAGAUGAUGAUUUUUUUUUUGUUGUUGUUGUGGCCUUGCCAACAUCUUCAUUUGCUGUACAUUAGAUAGUAGACAGUGAAGGACCUGAUGUUUCACAUUUUAAAUGUCGCGACAUUUUUACGCAUUUAGAAAGUUACAAUGGGAGGGUGUAGGGUGGCAUUGCGCAAACUGUUAAACUAUGCAGUUUUGAUAGUGAAUUGCCCCUGAUUUUUUUAUUAAAAUGCGCAAGAGGAACUAAGAGAAAGGGAAUAAUUAAGAAAGAGACACAAUGACUACAUUGUUCUCAAGACUUCAUAUUUAAAAUAAGGAAAGUUUUGAAAAAUAUAUUAGGACAUUUUAAUACUUGAAGCAAUGCCUUGCCUAAACAUUAUAUUCUGGAAGGUGGUUAGUUCUGCUGAAAUAUUUUAUGUUAGUUUACAGCUCAUCAUUUGUUUUACUCUUUUUUUGUUUUUCAUAAAUUGCAUAUUUAUUUACAUUUGCUUUAAUAUAAAUGAAAAGUUUGAACAGAACAUUUUUUGCUUUUGAGGGAUUGAUUAGAGUUGAGACUUUGCUUGAUGUUUUUCACCUUGGUGCUAGUUAAUGGAGAUGGAGGCUUAUUAAAUGAUACAUUUUGAAACUAGAGACAGGAUAAACACCCUUUAUUUAAUACUACGUAUCUGAAACACUAGAUUGGGUCAGUACAGACCCUGAUGAUGCUUUCAGUGGGCGCGUAUGCAUUCCUCAGUUCAGUUGAAGAAACGUGUGUAGUAAGAUUUAUUAAUGGGUAUGUUACAGUAACUGAUUAAAAACACUUGUUAUGCAGUCACUAAAUAUGGAGACAAAUUUUAUAUUACAUAAAAUAAAUCCAUACGUAAAUUUAGCUCAGAACGCCCAUCCUAGCAGUUCCCUUAAAGGGAGACAAUCCCUUGUCAGGAUUUCAAGAUAACACUAGCUUAGAAUAAGAAGCUUAGAUUUUGCCAUGUUUCUGUCCAAAGAUUUUGUUGAAAUACAAAUCAAACAGCUGUAUUACUCUAUACAUUGUUUCCCUUUGAUUGAUUUAUUUGAUUUAUUGGACAGAAAGUGCCAGCUCGGUUCAUUAUGUACUGCUUGAUUUAAAUUCAAGGGCUAAAAUUCAAAACCAAACUUUAGCUCUGUUUUUUGCUUUUGUUGACACCAAAUUCACAAUCCCUCUUCGCUUGAUUCAGAUUAGUGUCAGACUUUGAGAGAUUACACACUUAGAAAGCCCUUGUCCUCAUUCUCAUUACGUUAAAGAACACGCACAACUGAACCAACUCUGAAAGUGCACUCCUCUUUUUCUUUCUUUUUUUUUUAACUAUUGAAUUCAUUUUCUGCAUACUGCCUGUCACAGAAUAUAUAACAGGAGCCCCCCCAGCCCCACCACCCCCUUACCUACCCAAAGCAAAGUAGUAGGGUACAAGAAUGAAUUGGGGAUAAAAACUGUACACUUUUUACAAAGCCUGAGGCAGCGGGCCGGGACUAUUUUGCUUUAAUCAUUCCAGUAACGUCCAGCAUGUUUUCUUUGAAACUUCUGUGUAUUUAGUGUCAAAUCACUUACAUGUAUGGUAAAAUGAGGUAAAUAUGUAUGUCGGUGUUGUUUUUAGUUGAAGAUAUAGCUGGAAGGCCCUUAUUUGUUAACGCAUGCAACUUUCGCUUUGUUAGUUUGCAUGGCUCUCGAUCAUGUGCGCACUUUACAAUCAAAGAAAACAAUGUCUUAUGCCGCCACAUUUUUUGGGUUGUACUGUUCUUCGUUUCAUUUCAAUGUUUGUUUUUUUCAUUUACGACUAUUUAUUAUUGAUCUCUAGGGGUUGGCUGGAAGGGGGAUUGACAUAUUUUAAUAGUUCCCCUAACAAUGCUGGAGUUUUACCAUAGUCCCUGGUGGAUGUGUACAUGAAUACAAAAUCCCUGUUUGUUGUCGCAUAUUUUGUUCCUUGCUACGUCCAUGGUGUAAAACUACAUAUCCCCCCCUCCUCCUGCCCCUCUGGAAACACUCUGUGUGAAACCAUUUUUUGCGCAUCUUAUUCAUUUCCCCUCUUCCGGAUGUUUUCCCAACUUGAUUGUUGUGCUUAACUGGUGAUGAUAUGUGAAUUCUUUCGUAAAGAUAAUAUUCUUUAUCGUGAGUCGUGUGCUGCAGUGUCGAAUUGUGCAACUCAAAGGCCAUGUGUGCGUGCCCUUCCGCAUCUUUCCUUUUUUACGUACACGUUGCUGUAUAUGUGAGCAUGAGCAUUUGUGUGUGUGGUUGUGUGUGUGUGUGUGUGUGUGUGUGUGUGCUUGUUUGCUGUUGGAGCCCUUGGUCGCACCGGAUCACUAACCGUUGUCAGGCGCAAGGGCUUUCUCUGGUCCGCAGGUUUGUGGUAUGCAACUAUAGCAUUCCAGUUUUGUGCCGACUUCAUUCAAAUGUUAAGAAAAGUAAUAAGACUAAAAAGCCAAAGCGUUAUGCGAGUACAGAGCACAAUGUUACAGUCAAUUGUAUUGUGUAGUCCUCCCCGCCUGUACAUCUUGUGAACUAUCUUGCGUAGACAUUAUUAUGUUUUCAAUUCCGCUGCAUUCAAACUACACAGUUCUCAAUAAAAAGGUUUUGAAUUUGUUCCUUUAUUUAUGAGUUUUGAAGAAUAUAUGUAUAAUGUAUACUACACAAGCUUGUUCGUUUUAAAGCACUUUCUCCAAAAACAGCUUCGUACAAAACUAAUAUCUCCCAACAAUGUUCCAAUUUUUGUGUGUCUGUUUUAGCCCCAAGUUUGCUGUUAUGUUGCCCUUUUACCCUUGUUCAACUCACUUGCAUUGCUUCCUCUGUGCUGGCAGUACAUUAGACAUAGACAUUUGGUCAGCUCUGGUUAAAAUUUAAAAAAAAAACAAUUAAAUAAAAAUGGUGUAAUAACAUGGGCACACAUCUGGAUGGAAGUUUUCUCAGUUGUCUUAUUUUCAUUUUUUCAACACUGUUUUGGAUGUUCGUCACACGAACACUGAUAUGACCAGACAGCACUGGCAUAACACAGCACAUUGAGAAGGCAUUUUGUAAAUGAGUGAUAAUUAUAAACUAAUUUUAUAUAUAUAUAUAUAUAUAUAUAUAUAUAUAUAUAUAUAUAUAUAUAUAUAUAUAUAUAUAUAUAUAUAUAUAUAAAUAUAUAUAAGAAAAAAAACAAUGUAUCUUUUAGAGUUUAUCUGUAUAAUAGUCUUUUUGGGUGGGGUUGUUGAGUGCCUCAAUAUUGCAGGUAAUAAAAAAAUCCCUUACACUCAAUCUACGUUGCAAGCGAGCGAUGAGACAUGACAAAAGCUAGACCGUUUCCGUUAUAAUCAACAAAGCUGUAUACUCUGCAAGAAUGCAACUUAACAGCUUUGUUGAUUAAAAUGAGAGUGAUCUAAUUCACUCACUCUCGUGAUACAACCAGUAUUUUCUUUAGCUGUCUUGUCGAUAUAUUGCACCCGACAAACAGCUCUCAAAGACGUUUGUUACGAUAAACAAAUGUCUUCUUCUUUGUACACAGCUAAUACAAAUGAGCACCCUGCAAUUGUGAUUUUCUCAACAGCCCCAGCCACAAUACUCCUUAUUUUAAUAACCUUUUGUGUCAUUCCUUUUAUGUAUAUUCCCAUUAAACUUCAUACCAGUAUUCUUGUUUUAGUGUUAGAUUUAGGAUGAGGAAAUGGUUUGUAGAGAUGGUGCUCAAACUGUGAUGUCAGCAAAAUGAUCAUCAUCUGCAUGGUUAUUACAAAGGACGACCUGCGAUGAUGUGAUGAAUAUAUUAUUAUAAUUAGCUGGGGAAGACGCCGUAAACAUUGGCUGACAGGAUGGGGAUGACAUAAUUGAAUUAUACCAUUAUCAAAUGUGAUGAAUUAUAUGACUACGAUGAUUUAAAGAAUCCCGAGAAGUUGUGUUAUAUUAGUGGUAAUAUUGAAUGCUCGCGAUUUUGUCAAUCUGAACUGAAUCUUUGUCUUGUAAUUAUUGUAAAUAUUUCAAAGAGAGAAAAAAGACUUGCAUGUCCAUGUAUAAAACUACUAAAAUAUUUCCUGUCAAAGUUGUGAGGUUGAUUGGUUUGUUUUUUCUUUGCCCUGGUCAGCUUUUUACUAUUGACCGCUCGCUCAUCUUAAAGCAACAUCUUUCGUUUUUGAUGAUGUCAGGGGUGCUCUAUUACGGAGAAAAGUGGAACAACGCUUUACCAUCAGAUUCAAUACAAUAUUGUGUUAACUCAGAGAGCCGUUAGCGAUUCAACUCUGAGCAAAAGUGCUUCCCUCCAUGUAUGCCAUCUAUAGGUCUACAGGUCAAAUGUACACAUCACCAUCCGUAGCUUCCAGGCACUUUGAAAGUUUGACCACUUUUUCUUGCCUUUAACGCCGUUGCAGAGGACAAACACAUUGGGAAUGUCAAAUUUAUAUCAAUUUAUGUACAGGGGGCCUUAUUCAUCUCUUAGAAAUCUAUUCGUAUGUAAACUGUCCCAUUGAAUUGAAUGCAAGUAUGCAGAAAUUUGUUAUUGUUUUCUGAAUGAGGCCCAUUGCGUGGUGUAUGUUAGGACACCUUUGCAAUUGGUGUUGGUUAGUGUUGUAGAUACAUUUUAGAGAGUGCAUCGAUUGUAGCAUGACAAACUCGAAAGCUCUGAUGUAGUUGCGUGUAUUAUCCUGGUCAGGGGAUGAUUCAAUAAACUCUGUUCGCAUACAAAGAAUAUCGCUCUGUCUUGAACGACUUGGAACAUGAAGGUAGAAUGAGACAACAAUGAAAAAAUGCUCAAUAAAGCAAGCAGAACAACACUCAUCUGUGCAAUACAAAGAAAAGGGCUUUCUCACACAUGCAUACAAAAGCAGUUGAUGGAUGCUGACUUGUGGGAAACUGCAGCCACUUACCCUGGUUCCAACCGUUGAUUUAUGUGUUGCCAAAUGACUUCUUGCCCACUAGGAUCUAAGUUGAAAGUGCAAUCAGGGCAGAAUCCACAAUGCGAUGGGCACCGAGGAUGGGAAGGAAGAAAUUAAAUCGAUUUCUGCAACUUUGACUGGAAUUGCAACUUCUGUCUUUUAUUUUCUGUGUGUGUAUGUGUGUACCGUAUUGUAAAAAAAAAAAAAAGGAAAAAGAUACAAACAAACAACCUAAUUGUCCCUCUCUUCCCUCUCUCUUGUAAUACUGUUUGCUGUUCUGUUUGGUUAGUGUGGCGUACCAGUAUCCCUCUCCUCUCCUAAACCCUUUGCUAUCUUCCUCCCUUCUCUCACGAUCUCUCUACCCUCUUUUCUCCAUGGAUCUUUAAGAUGAGAACUCUAUGCAGAUGCUGUCUUUUAUAAGUGUCAAAAUUUUAAGUUGAAAUGAAAAUUAAAAAAGAAAAACCCCAACAAACAGAUAUUAUGAACUGAAACAAAAAAUAAAGAAAAACGAUUGUCCAGUGUACAA